UGGCUUCUCUCCCCAAUCGACUCCCUUGUAGCUGGAGACUGCACUGUUGAACUCCCAGAAUCUACAGUUCCAGAAACGUCAGGUGGCAUGGUUCCGGCCGGCCACACUGACAGAGUUAGCGGCCUUGCGGAAGGCUCACCCAGACAGUCGUGUAGUCUGUGGGAACACCCAGCUAGGAGUGGACAAACGGCAUCUCAAGCUCUCCUACCCCCAGCUGAUAUCGCUCACUCAAGUACCAGAACUCCAAAUGGUGGAGGUGACAGAGGCUGGUCUCCGUGUGGGAGCGGCGGCCUCCAUCCAGGGUCUGCGUCCUGUGGUGAGGGCGAUCAUCGAGGAACUGCCGGAACACAAGAGCCGAGGGUUUGCCGCGCUGCUGGAGACGAUGUCAGUGUUUGCCUCCACACAGAUCAGGAACGUGGCC